CGAAAUCCGCCCUUCUAUUCUAUCCCUUCUCAGCAGAAUUCCUCUCCUCUCUCCAAAUACUCCUGUCUCCGUCCAUGAAAAUUAUGUAAUAAUUUAAUCUCAAUUGAUAAUCAUUCUUUCAGGAAAGUAGGUUAAUCCGAGAAUUCCGGAAGGCUUUUGGUGUCGGUGUGAUGGCUGCGAGUGCGAAUCCGUCUGGGAACAAUCAAGAAGGUUCGUCUAACCAGAAGGGCCAGGCUCCUCCGCCCGCCGGAGCUGCGGCUAAUGGAAUUCCUGUAAAUUCGACCAAUAACGGGGGCAAUAGCGGUGUAGCGGAUACGCAGUCUGCGUUGAGGCACAACCCUGGCGUCUCCGUCGACUGGAGCCCCGAGGAGCAGUCACUUCUCGAGGAAUUACUCGUCAAAUAUUCCUCUGAUUCAACAAUAGUCCGCUAUGCUAAGAUCGCAAUGGAGUUGCAGGACAAGACAGUACGUGAUGUGGCAUUGCGUUGUCGAUGGAUGACUAAAAAGGAAAAUGGCAAGCGAAGGAAAGAGGACCAUAACUCAGCAAGAAAAAAUAAAGACCGAAGGGAAAAGGGCACUGACUCUUCAGCAAAGUCUGCAUCUCAUUUAACAUCUCGUGCCAAUGGUCCUUCAUUUGUUCCACCAAUUAUCCCCAUGGACAAUGAUGAUGGUAUCUCAUACAAAGCCAUUGGUGGUGUGACAGGAGAGCUUCUUGAGCAAAAUGCCCAAAUGUUCAACCAAAUUUCUGUAAACUUUGGGGCCUUCCAGAUACACGAUAACCUCAACCUUUUAUGCAAAACUCGGGAUAAUAUCCUCUCAAUCUUGAAUGACUUGAAUGACAUGCCAGAGGUAAUGAAGCAGAUGCCUCCACUUCCAGUCAAGGUGAAUGAAGAACUGGCUAACUCCAUCCUCCCCAGAUCAUCCCAUCAAGUGAAAUCAUGAUUCAGUCCUUGCUGCUGUUGAUACUUUGACCGUUGAGUCAUGCUAAGAUCUUGAAUUCAAAUCUUAAAAAAGAUAGUAAUAAAAUUGGUCACUCAAUCAAUUUAUUCUUAUCAAUUGGAAAGGCUUCUGAGUGCCCCCUUUGCAACUUUUUAUGUAGAAUGUGUUCAUUAAUUUCUGAUAUUUGGCAGUUCUUUUUAUUUUAUGAACACAUUUCUGUUCUUCAGUUGGUUGACUUUAGGAAGUUCCUGUUCCUGUUCCUGUAGCAUGUGUAUAUGUGUAGAUUGAAAACCUGAUUGUAUAAAUCGUUGAAUGAAAAGUUAAUGUUAGUCUCAUUUCUUUUCUCCAGACGAAUUGUAUUUAUGAGAAUAGAAUGGUUUGGUUUCU